AUGAGCCUCCAUUUCUUAUACUACUGCAGUGAACCAACCUUGGAUGUGAAAAUUGCCUUUUGUCAGGGAUUCGAUAAACAAGUGGAUGUGUCAUAUAUUGCCAAACAUUACAACAUGAGCAAAAGCAAAGUUGACAACCAAUUCUACAGUGUGGAAGUGGGAGAUUCAACCUUCACAGUUCUCAAGCGCUACCAGAAUCUAAAGCCUAUUGGCUCUGGGGCUCAGGGAAUAGUUUGUGCUGCGUAUGAUGCUGUCCUUGACAGAAAUGUGGCCAUUAAGAAGCUUAGCAGACCCUUUCAGAACCAAACCCAUGCCAAGAGAGCGUACCGGGAGCUGGUCCUCAUGAAGUGCGUGAACCAUAAAAAUAUUAUUAGUUUAUUAAAUGUCUUCACACCCCAGAAAACACUGGAGGAGUUCCAAGAUGUUUACUUAGUAAUGGAGCUGAUGGAUGCCAACUUGUGCCAGGUGAUUCAGAUGGAAUUAGACCAUGAGCGAAUGUCUUACCUGCUAUACCAAAUGUUGUGUGGUAUCAAGCACCUCCACUCUGCUGGAAUUAUUCACAGGGAUUUAAAACCAAGUAACAUUGUAGUCAAGUCUGACUGCACAUUGAAAAUCCUCGACUUUGGACUGGCCAGGACAGCAGGCACAAGCUUCAUGAUGACCCCGUAUGUGGUGACACGUUAUUACAGAGCCCCUGAGGUCAUCCUGGGAAUGGGCUACAAGGAGAACGUUGACAUGUGGUCAGUAGGGUGCAUCAUGGGAGAAAUGAUAAAAGGUGCAGUGCUGUUUCCUGGCACUGAUCAUAUUGACCAAUGGAAUAAGGUGAUUGAGCAACUAGGAACACCGUGUCCAGAAUUCAUGAAGAAACUGCAACCCACAGUAAGAAACUAUGUGGAGAAUCGGCCCAAGUACGCGGGACUCACCUUCCCCAAGCUCUUUCCAGAUUCCCUCUUCCCUGCGGACUCCGAGCACAAUAAACUCAAAGCCAGCCAAGCCAGGGACCUGUUGUCAAAGAUGCUAGUGAUUGACCCAGCAAAAAGGAUAUCAGUGGACGAUGCUUUACAGCACCCAUACAUCAACGUCUGGUACGACCCUGCUGAAGUGGAGGCGCCUCCACCUCAGAUAUAUGACAAACAGUUGGAUGAAAGAGAACACACCAUUGAAGAAUGGAAAGAACUUAUCUACAAGGAAGUGAUGAAUUCAGAAGAAAAGACGAAAAAUGGAGUAGUAAAAGGACAGCCUUCUCCUUCAGGUGCAGCAGUGAACAGCAGUGAGAGUCUCCCUCCAUCCUCGUCCGUCAAUGACAUCUCCUCCAUGUCCACUGACCAGACCCUGGCAUCUGACACUGACAGCAGCCUGGAAGCCUCGGCAGGACCCCUGGGUUGUUGCAGGUGA